AGCACACUCCAGCAGCACAAUGAUCAACAUGGACAUCAGUGUAACCCCCAACUAUUCAUAUAUCUUUGAUUUCGAGAACGAUUUCAUACACCAGCGCACACGCAAAUGGAUGCUGGAGAACUGGACAUGGGUCUUCUACUACUGCGGCAUUUAUAUGCUGGUCAUAUUUGGGGGUCAGCAUUUUAUGCAAAACCGACCGAGAUUUCAACUGCGUGGCCCACUAAUCAUAUGGAACACCCUGUUAGCCAUGUUCAGCAUAAUGGGUGCUGCACGCACUGCGCCGGAAUUGUUGCACGUCCUACGGCAUUAUGGACUUUUCCAUUCGGUCUGUGUUCCCAGUUACAUUGAGCAAGACCGUGUGUGCGGCUUCUGGACCUGGUUAUUUGUACUGAGCAAACUACCGGAAUUGGGCGAUACGAUAUUCAUCGUAUUGCGUAAACAGCCGUUAAUCUUCCUGCACUGGUAUCAUCACAUCACUGUGCUGAUCUACUCGUGGUUCAGCUACACCGAGUACACUAGUUCCGCUCGCUGGUUCAUUGUGAUGAACUACUGUGUGCACUCCGUGAUGUACAGCUACUAUGCGCUCAAGGCGGCUCGCUUCAAUCCCCCACGCUUCAUCUCAAUGAUCAUCACGUCGCUGCAGCUGACACAAAUGAUUAUCGGCUGUGCGAUCAAUGUGUGGGCGAAUGGAUUCCUGAAGACCCACGGCACUCAGUCGUGCAAUAUAUCGCAGCGUAACAUCAAUCUAUCGAUCGCCAUGUACUUCAGCUACUUUGUGCUGUUCGCACGCUUCUUCUACAAGGCCUACCUGUCGCCCGGUGGUCACAAGAGUCGCCGCAUGGCCGCCUCGCUGGUGGCACAGAAUACGGCUAAAUUGUCGAGUCCCAUUUCCACAGCUGAUGCGAACGUCAUGUCUAGUAAAUAUGUUGGUGAGGAUGCACAGGCUGCCUAUAUGCGCAAAGCGAAGGCACAGUAGAGCCUAACUUUAAUGUUGCAUGCGCCCCUCUUCCUCUGGCAAAAAGGCUAAGGACAUUUAAUUUUUACUUUAGUGGGAUGUAAAAGUUGUAUUUUUUUAGUUUUAAACCCAGGCAAAACUCAAAACUCACACAGAUACUGGCGCACAUACGUUUACCUUUAAUUAUAAGUUUAGAGUUUUACCAGGCAAAA